AUGAAGUCAAAUGCAGGCCAAGUCUCAAGUUUGAUUGAAAACCGCAGCGAUCAUGCCGUUGUCAUCCCUUCUUUGGUUCCAGUGGCGUCCGGAAGUGGAGAGCGAUUGGGUAUGGAGCGUGAGGUUGACUUGGAUGCUAUAACGGUUGGUGCGGUGUUGACGGAAAGUGACUUGGUAUCCGAUUGGACGACCACUAACCGGGAUCCAGAUCAAAACGAAGCGGCCCUUGAGCCAAAGCCCUUGCAGUUCUCCUAUGAGGAACAGUACCGUUCAUUCCUGGAGGGUCUUCGGCGAGAUUUUGACCCGGACGGGGUGUUCGAUGAGUUGGUUGAUUUAGUACCGUCGGACGGGGAAGAGGGUGCCUCUCACAAACUGACUCUGGAAGCGAUCAAAUCGCCGCUGAAGGAGGACGGUGCAUCUCCUAAGGCUGGUCUGAAAGAUGCCAAAUGGUCUAUCGAAAUACUUGCCCAUAUCAUUACGGAACUGAAGCGCUUUUCCCACGGGGAUGACUUGGCUGGUCAGCUUGCUGAGCAGUUGCAAUACGCUGGUGGGAAGAAAACCGCUGUCAAUUCCACGUCAGAGGAUGACGCACCCGGAGAAACCGCACAAUCCACUGCCAAGCGCAUCCGACUCCUUCGACCAUCCUAUAAUACUACUACGAUUACCAUUACAAGGAAACAACACCUUACCAUCAGCCAAUACAAACCAGCAGAUACCACCCUCACCUAUUCCAUUAUCUGUCUACCUAUCUCCAUCUGCGAAUUCUGGACCCUCCAAUGCGAACAAAAGUACGCGGAACGAUUUGCAACCUUACGAGCAGCAUUUCCUUUGUGCAGUUUUAACCACGCUACUCUCCGUCUAUCACAUUAUAUCCCGCCACAGAAGUCGCUUCAAGGUACUACGGCCACAGAUGUUACGGCGUUCAAUAGCGCUCCCUACAUGUAUACAGCGCAAGACCACACCGGACUACUCAAUACCGUUCCCACCGACGUUACCGAAGCGGCACAUCUGAAUCAAGACUACAAAGUCAGCUCCAACACAUACUGGCAAUUUACCUACGACCAAGGUCUCCUUGCCUGCAACGACGUCCACACCCUAUCCGCCAAUGAGGUAUACUUUAAACGCUUUGAUUUUGAUCACCACCCCUGUUUCCUCACCAGAACACCAUUACCGGUGCCCCGUGGAUACCGUUACAUGCCUGAUAAGUACUACGCCAAUACAUCACGCUACCCCUUCCUCCCCUUCUGGAAACAACAAUCCCUCAACCAAAGCGUUCCUGCCACACACCCCACAACCAUUUCCACUGCAUGGUCCUUUGGCACAUACAACCACACUCUAAAUCCCAUUCUCCUAUUUCUCCCAUAUAUUGAACCCGUUUCCACAUCCGAGGAUAUACUUCGAAUGAUGGGACACGAACUACUAGAAACAUAA